AUGAAUUCCUCCAUUGUUAGCCUUAUGUGUCUUGCCUUGUUGACGUUUCUUGUAGUAAUUUGCAAGGCAUCGAGAGAUGUAGUGUGCAUACCAAACGAGAGUGAAACACUUGUGAAGUUGAAGGAUCAUCUCAUUGAUCCUUCAAAUAGGCUCUCUUCUUGGAAUGCAACUGCUAAUACCAAUUGCUGUGAGUGGUUAGGAGUUGUGUGCAGUAAUAUAACUGCCCAUGUUGUUGAGCUUCACCUCGGUACUUCACCUCCUUCUGACGAGUACGACGAUGUCGAAUAUGAUGCUUUUCUGAAGUCGAUGUUUGGUGGGGAGAUAAAUCCAUGUUUGGUUGAUUUGAAGCAUUUGAAUUACUUGGACUUAAGCGGCAAUGACUUUGGCGGUAUGCAAAUUCCUGCUUUCCUUGGAGCAAUCACCUCCCUAACUUACCUCAACCUCUCUCAUGCCGGAUUCAGUGGGAAGAUUCCUCCUCAAUUUGGGAACCUCACAAAAUUGGUUCGUCUUGGCCUUGCAAACAGUGAAACUGUGUUUGCUGAAAAUCUUGAUUGGCUAUCGGGUCUUUCCAAUCUUCAGUAUGUUGAUUUGGGAGGUGCAAACCUAUCCCAAUCCUUUGAUUGGCUACAAACUCUGAGUGCUCUUCCUUCUUUGACGGACCUACACUUGUCAUAUUGUAUUGUCCAUCCUUAUAAUCAACCAUCCUCACUCAACUUUUCAUCUCUUCUCACUCUCGACCUUUCCUUUACUCAUUUUUCUUCUGUUGUCCCAAAGUGGAUAUUUGGACUGAGGAGACUUGUUUCUCUUCGAUUAAGUGGUAAUCACUUCGAAGGUCCAAUUCCUGAUGGCCUUCAAAACCUCACACUUCUUGAAAAUCUUGACUUGUAUUACAAUUCAUUCUCAACUUCUUUACCUGAAUGGAUAUAUAGUUUUCGUCAUCUCAAGUUCUUAGACCUUUCGAACAACAACUUGUGUGGAAAUAUUUCUGAUGCCCUGGGAAAUUUGACUUCUCUGGUUGCACUUUAUUUCUCUGCAAAUCAGAUUGAAGGAAGAAUUCCAACUUCUUUGGGUAAUCUCUGCAACAUAAGGGAAAUGUUAAACUUUUACAACAAUUCAAUUCAUGGUGCACUCCCUCCAUCAGUUAGAAAACUCUCGUCAUUAAGGGUUCUUGAUCUGUCCAACAAUCUAUUCAAUGGAAAUCCAUUUGAAAGUCUUGGAUCGAUCUCUAAAUUGUCAUAUCUUUCUAUUGGCGACAAUUGUUUUCAAGGAGUUGUGAAGGAAGAUGAUCUUGCAAAUCUUACGAACUUAAAGAGAUUUUCUGCGAGAGGGAACAACUUCUCUUUAGAAGUGACUCCUAAUUGGAGUCCUAGAUUUCAAGUUACUAGAUUGACAAUGAGCUCAUGGAACUUAGGUCCCAAAUUUCCGUCGUGGAUUCAGUCACAAAAAUAUCUUAAUGCUCUGAGAAUCUCUAACACAGGGAUUUCAGAUUCUAUUCCCACUUGGUUUUGGGAAACAUUUUCUCAGGCGUCUGAUAUGGACCUCUCUCAUAAUAGCAUCCAUGGUGAGCUUCCAAAUACAUUGGAUCUAAGCUCAAAUCGCUCACGUGGCCAACUGCCUCAACUUUUUGAUAAAAUGAUUCACUUAGACCUAUCACACAACUUGUUCUCCGGAUCCAUGACUGAAUUCCUUUGCAAAAAUCAUGACAAGCCAAAGAAAUUAGAAUUUCUCAACCUUGCAUCAAAUAAUUUAUCAAGGGAAAUUCCUGAUUGUUGGCUAAUGUGGCCAUAUCUUGUGAAUGUAAAUUUACAAAGCAACCAUUUUAUUGGGAAUUUACCCUCGUCUAUGGGCUCUUUAUCGUUGCUUCAGUCUUUGCAACUCCGCAACAACACACUUUCUGGAAAUUUUCCCCUGAUUUUAAGGAACACUACUAAGUUAAUAUUGUUGGACCUUGGGGAAAAUAAUUUUUCAGGAAACAUUCCAGCAUGGAUAGGAGAAAGACUUAUAGAUUUGAAAUUUCUUCGGCUUCGAUCAAACAAAUUUUUGAGUUACAUUCCCAAUCAAAUAUGUGCUUUGAAAUCUCUUCAGGUUUUGGACCUUGCAAACAAUAGUUUAUCGGGCAAUAUCCCAAAUUGUUUCAAUCACUUGAAUGCCAUGAUGCUGCCAAACAGAAGUACACAUCCAUUUAUCUAUUGUUUAUCAGUAAACAGUUCUGGAAUUAGUGUUGUGAGCAUGCUUCUGUGGCUGAAAGGAAGGGGAGACGAGUAUAGAAACAUUCUUGGUUUGGUAACAAGCAUUGAUCUCUCAGAUAACAAAUUAAUAGGAGAAAUUCCUAGAGAAAUCACAAAUCUAGAUGGAUUGAAUUUUUUGAACUUGUCUCACAAUCAAUUAACUGGUCAUAUUCCACAAAGCAUUGGUUGCAUGCGUUCAUUGCAAUCUAUUGAUUUUUCGAGGAAUCAACUUUCUGGUGAAAUCCCCACAACCAUAUCAAAUUUGAGCUUUAUUAGCUUGCUGAACUUGUCUUAUAAUCAUUUGAAGGGCAAAAUACCAACAGGCACUCAGUUGCAAUCCCUUGAGGCAUCCAACUUUGUUGGCAAUAACCUAUGUGGCGAGCCGUUGCCCAUCAACUGCAGUUCAAAUGGGAAAAUUCCUAAUAUUGAUCAAAAUGGCAAUGAGAGUGAAGGACAUGAAGUGAAUUGGUUUUUAGUGAGUAUGACAUUUGGAUUUAUGGUGGGAUUCUGGGCUGUGGUUGCUCCUUCAUUCAUUUAUAAAUCAUGGAGCUCUGUCUAUUUUUGUAUUAUUAAUUAUGUGUGGUCUAAACUAAAAUCUUUUCAGUAA